CGCUUCGAGCACUAGCUCGGAGCAUCCGAUACUAUCCACUCCACUCCACUCCAGUGUACCAAUCACGCGCGGCGCCAUGCCGGACUCGGUGGCGGCGGUGGACGCCGUCAUCAAGCCGCUCCCGCGGGCUCUCUCCCUGGCGGCGGCGGCGGCCGCCGCGGCCACGACGUUCCUCCUCCUCAUUUCCGCUGUUGUCUCCCGCGCCCGGGACGACUACGCCUCCGCCUCGCCACCUCCUCCGUCCACCAGCGCCUCCACAACCGCGGCGCUACCCCCCGCGCCCGAACCCUCGCCGCCGCUGCUCCCGGAGCAUCCCCGCCCGCACCCGCACCCCCCGCCGCCGCCCGUCCCGCCCUGCCCGCCCAACCACGCCCACCACGUCCCCUGCCACGAACCUCCCUCCGCCGAGCGCCACUGCCCCCCGCGCCCGCCGCAUCCUCCUCCGCACCCGCCCGAGGACCCACCGCCUCACCCCCCACCGCCACCGCCGCACUGCCGCGUCCCGCCGCCACCCGGGUACGAGCCGCCCCCGCCGUGGCCCGAGCGGCGGGAGCGCGCGCGGUACGCCAACGUGGAUCUCCCCCCGCUUACUACCGUGACCAAGCUCGCGGACUCCCAGGACCCCGUGGCCGCGCGAGGGGAGUGGCUGGUGUUCCCCAAGGGGGUGGGGAAUUACGUCGAGCAGAUUGACCGCGUGGUGCCGCUGCGCGGCGGCACGGUGCGAACGGCUCUCGACAUCGGGUGCGGAUUUGCGAGCUUUGGGGACUACCUGAUGAGCUACGGCGUCCUCACCAUGUCCAUUGCUCCGAGGGACACACACGGCGCACCAGUCCAGAUCGCCUUGGAGCGUGGACUGCCCGCGAUGAUUGGAGCGCUCGGUGCUCGCAGGCUGCCGUAUCCGUCGAGCUCCUUCGACAUGGUGCACUGCGCAGACUGCCAUGUUUCAUGGGCUGCUCAUGGUGGACUGUACAUGCUGGAAAUUGACCGACUUUUGAGACCUGGUGGGUACUGGGUUAUGUCUGGUCCACCCAUCGGCUGGAAAUCACCCUGCAAGGACCUCAACCAGACAAUCAAGAGCCUUGAGGAUGAGCAAUUAGCGAGGGAGAAUAUUGCAAAUAAGCUCUGUUGGGAGAUGGUGUCAGAUAAGGGCGCAGUUUCUGUUUGGAGAAAGCCUACUGAUCAUCUCCACUGUGUCCAAGAAGCAAAGUUGUGCACAGAAGAUAACCCAGAUACCGCUUGGUAUGUAAAUAUUUCGAUGUGCAUAAGUCAGCUUCCAAGAGUCGAUCUUGUUGGUGAUAGCGCCCGUGGCACCAUAGAGAAAUGGCCUCAAAGACUUGUUGCAGUGCCACCAAGGAUAGCCAAUGGGGGAAUUAAGGGGAUGUCUAUCCAGGCAUACAAGCAUGACUAUUCCAUUUGGAUGAGAAGAUUUGAACUCUACGGGACAUAUUUGAAAGAUUUAUCUCGCAGAAGUUACAGAAAUGUCAUGGACAUGAAUGCUGGCUUUGGUGGCUUUGCUGCUGCUAUGUCGAAAUACCCUGUUUGGGUCAUGAAUGUGGUUCCUGCAAAUAUAACGGAAAACACUCUCGGUGUCAUCUACGAGCGUGGCCUGAUUGGGACAUAUAUGGACUGGUGUGAGGCUUUCUCUACUUAUCCACGUACAUAUGAUCUGAUACACGCUAAUGGAGUAUUCAGCUUGUAUAUCGACAAGUGUGGCACCCUUGACAUACUGGUCGAGAUGGACCGCAUUCUCCGGCCAGGGGGCGCUGCAAUAAUUCGGGACGCAGCUGAUGUUGUUCUGAAAGUGAAGGAGGCUGCUGAUCGUCUGCAAUGGCACAGCCGGGUCGUCGAUGCGGAGGAUGAGGCCUCGGAUCCUCAGAAGCUUCUCAUCGUGAAUAAUUCCUUCUCACUGCCUGAGAAUUAGAAAGAAGAACCAACAAUAUGUGGUAUCGGUUAACAGUACCAUGAUGAUCUAGUUACCUGUACAGACUACAGACAAAGAGUCGAAGGCAAGGAUACAGUUAUCACACACAUACUUACGUGUCUAGAUAAACAAAUAAUCCUGAUGGUGUACAGUUUGUAGCAUAGGUGGCAUCGAGCUCGACUCUGGUAUUCUGUACAUAUAUCGAAUGUGUAUUGGAAUGACUGAACUAUAGUUGUGCAUGUUUCUGUAAGAGGUGUGGUGUAAAUAUAUUGGAGCCAGGAGUCGGUCACUGGUCAGAUCCAUUCUGGGUUUGCCUUGGUCUUCUCGCUAAGCAGUGUGGUGACCUAUGUUGUUGGAGAGAACAACGUUGUGAUUGGUUUCAUGAUCUAUGGACUCAUGGAGGGUCUACAGCUAAUAAUCUGUGUGGCCCAGUGCAGAAGAGAGCUGUUGUUGACCCGCCUUGCCUGGUUCGUCCAAGUUCAGACUAAGGAUGCCCAAAGGGCUGGUUGUUACUUGUUACAAUGUUAUUCAGGGGUGUUGUACAAGCAAAGUGUAAAUUGAGUAUGGACAUGUUUUUUUUAA